AAUGAUACCUAACGGAUUGACUGGUUGGAGUUGUAAAGUUCUUAAGUCUUAUCAUUAUGAAUUUAUUAUCAAGACCAGAAUAACAAGUGUGAAGUAGUUAUGAUACGUAAGUAAAUGAGUUUUCUCAAGAUUGUGUUCAUAUCGGUGGCACAAGUAAAAACCGUCGCAUUUAUUGCAUUUGUGAAUUGCAAAACAUAUAGUCGUAUUAUCGAUGUAAGGAAAAAGUAUAGACACAAUGUCAAAAAUUGUAGUAAUUGGAUCUUGCGGUGUUGAUUUUACUACAUAUGCACCAAGAUUGCCCAAACCAGGGGAGACACUCAUUGGUAACAAAUUUACAACAAGCUAUGGAGGCAAAGGUGCCAAUCAAUGUGUCGCAGCUGCUAAGUUGGGAGGGAAAACCUCCAUGAUAUGUAGGCUCGGAAAUGAUCAGUGGGGUGACAAAUACAGGGAUAAUUUGGAACAAGUUGGAGUAGAUACUACUCAUGUCAAAAUUACUCCAAAUGUAACAACAGGUAUUGCUCAAAUAUCAGUUGCAGAAAGUGGAGAAAACCAAAUUGUGAUUGUACCAGGAGCGAACAACUGUCUAAGUAAGGAAGAUGUUAAAAAUUCCGCUGAUCUGAUCACUAAUGCGGAAGUACUUAUUGGUCAGUUAGAGACUCCUUUCGAAACUACAUUAGAAGCUUUUAAACUGGGCAAAGGAAUAAAACUUCUGAAUGCAGCACCAGCAAGAUCAGACAUUACAGAAAUAUUGCCUUAUUGUUCUAUACUUUGUGUCAAUGAACCUGAAGCUUCUUUACUAACCAACACUGAAUUUGAUUUUAAAAAUGCAGUGGCUAUCCUGAAACAAUUACUUGAUACUGGAUGUGAAUCUGUGAUCAUUACUUUGGGACCUGAAGGAGCAGUUUACAUGUCCAAAAUUGAUCAGCAACCAAUACAUGUCUUCAGUGAGCGGGUCAAUGCUAUUGAUACUACAGGCGCUGGCGACGCAUUUGUGGGAGCAUUGGCAACAUAUUUAGUGACAUAUAAGGAUAAACCUAUGCAUCAAAUCAUAGGUGCUGCAUGUCAAGUGGCUACAAUGUCUGUCACCAAAGAGGGCACCCAAACGAGUUACCCGCGCAAAUUCGACGCCUUCAAAAAGGACUAUAAAUAUGCUCUAUUGUAAUUUACAAAUUGACAAAUAAAACACUCCUGGAAGUUC